UAAGGUCGAGAGAUAACAUAAUAUUUUCAGUGCAACUACAAGUAAAACAGUUUGUUAUUCACUACGUACCAGAAUGUAUAAAUGUCGAACACAUUUAAUGUUCUACAUUUUUGGAAUUCUCGCCGCUAAAAAUGUGACAAUUGUUGAAAGUGCCACUGGUGACAAUUCAACCAACGUAACAACAGGAUUGAUUGACAUCAAAGCAACUACAACUGAAGAACCCAAACCGUCAUGCGAAAUUGAUCUUCCACUCCCACUACCCCUAAAUCCCUCAAUUCCCAUUUUACCUAUAGUGGAGCCUGGAAUUCUGGACGAAAAUAUUAUAGAUGAAUUUGAUUUUCCCUCAUUAGACAACGACGAUGGUGCAAUACUUUUGUAGAAUAAGAACUUUUAAAGCCAUGUAGUAUUAUAUUUAUUAUAUAUAUUAAUAAUAUUAUAUUAUUAUAAUAAUUAUAUUUUAUUAACUACA